AUGGCUCUCGAAUUCGCUACUAUACCAGCAGGCGUGAAGAUCCAACCAAAACCUUUUACUGUAUCUAUCCCAGAGGAGCAACUUGAGGAGCUAAAGGCUCUGGUGAGAUUCUCCAAAACCGCGCCCCCGACAUAUGAAGGGUCCCAAGAGGAUGGAAGACUUGGAGUCCCGAGUAGCUGGCUGGCAAAUGCGAAAGAGGAGUGGAAGAAGUUUGACUGGAGAGAAGCAGAGAAGGAAAUCAAUAGUUUUCCCCAGUUUACAUAUGAGAUCGAGGGAUUGAGAAUUCACUUUGUGGCAUUGUUUUCUGAGAAGCAAGAUGCAAAGCCAAUUGCUUUCUUCCAUGGAUGGCCUGGAAGCUUUCUGGAAUUCCUCCCACUACUAACAAUCUUCCGUAAGAAAUAUGAACCCUCUACCCUACCUUACCACUUGAUUGUGCCUUCCUUGCCAGGCUAUACAUUCUCAUCCGGUCCACCGGUCGACCGAGACUUUACUUCACCUGAUGCGGCGAGGAUCCUGAAUCAGGUGAUGGUCAAUCUCGGAUUUGAGAGUGGAUAUGUCGCCCAGGGUGGUGAUGUAGGGUCGAAGAUUAGUCGUGUUUUGGGUGCAAAGUAUGACUCUUGCAAAGCUGUUCACUUGAACUUCCUAGGACGGGUUAAUCCGCCCAAAGGAGAGCAAAAUUACUCGGCUGUCGAGCAAGCAGGCCUUAAGAGAGCAGAAUGGUUUAACACCUAUGGCACCGCUUAUUAUAUGGAUCAUGCGACUCGCCCAAGCACGAUCAGUCAUAUAUUGUCCACAAAUCCAGUUGCUCUCCUGAUAUGGAUCGGAGAGAGAUUCCUAGACUGGCCUGACAAACAUAACCCAAUCCCACUUCGAACAAUCUUGACAGAAGUGACACUAUACUGGUUGACGGAGACGUUCCCGAGAUCCAUCUACACCUACCGAGAGACUUAUCCUCCUCCACCAGUGCCUCUUGUACAGCAGCCAGAACAGUACAUCCAUAAACCCUUUGGUUUCUCGUAUUUCCCGUUGGAGCUUAUACCUACUCCUCGGUCGUGGGUUGAACUCACCGGUGACUUGGUGUUUUGGAAAGAACAUAUAAAGGGAGGCCAUUUUGCCGCACUUGAAUGUCCGCAAGAGCUUGCAGACGAUAUUGUUGAAUUCGUAGAACAGGUUUGGCCAAAUUAA